CCAAGGCACCAGAGGUACGGAAUUGUUCGGUUAGUCAGGCGACCCCAGGAUCUCCAUCCCACCGGCAACGUUGACAACGUUCCCGGUGGGAGGCAGACUGGAGUCUCUAUUCGCAUCCUUACGCGACUGGCGAGUUGUCUACUCGUUCGACAAUUAAAUUAAUCUUCCAAGACUUGCUUAAAAACGAUGUCUCCAUCCAAGAACUCUCCAAGACCAUUUGCUUGUCAAUUUCCCGGCUGUUCGUCAAGCUAUCAGCGGAAAGAACACCUAAAUCGCCAUGAAGCGCAGCAUACUGGCGUUCUCGCCAGCGUGUGUUCUCUAUGCAAUCGCACCUUCUCUCGAAAUGAUUCGCUGAGACGACAUAUCCGUCAAGACCAUAGUAUUUCCGAACAGCACUCUGCCCGGUCUGCCCUGGCCUGUAGGGCUUGUCGUCUCGCCAAGACACGAUGCCAGGGUGGAGUUCCCUGCUUGCAAUGCCGUACCAAGGGACAAGAGUGUACUUUUGACACGACUGCAUCGACGACGUCUCGUUCGCCAUCGGACGAACGGGUCUUUGCGGCUACCGUAGAUACCGCAGUCCUUAUGGAAGACCGCACGGCUCAGACGAAACACUAUGUUGAUCUUUAUUUUGAACAUUUCCAUCCUCACUGGCCUAUUUUGCAUCGUGCAACGUUCAGUAUCCCGGACGAGCCACCAUUACUUCUUCAGGCGGUCCUGAUGAUCGGUCUGUGGGUCAGUGAGAAGCCAUCUGCACGACAGGCUGCCGUGGAUUUGCAUCAGAAGCUGGGGCUCUGGAUUCGCGAACAGAGAGUGCAAUGGGAGAAUCUCAUACCCCGGAAAGAAAACGGUGAAGAGGGGCCUGUCUCUAUAUGUCCCAUUGCCACAUACCAGGGUAUCCUCCUAUACCUGAUCUUCUCAUUGAUCCAGGAGAGCAGCACCCGCUCUCUGAGCCUAAAAUUAACUCUUUCGUCAUCCGAUUAUGAAAUCCUCUCCGUUCUAGUACAAGUCUGUCGCCGGAAUCAUGUAUUCUACUACCCCGGUAUGCUGGAACGAUAUCAGGACGUCGAUUCCAUGGCUUGUAUCUGGAUUGGGGUGGAAGAGAUGGGUCGGUUGGGGCUGGCAAUGUAUAAGGUCUCGUCUUUAUGCAGGGCUGGGAAAUUGGAGGAUACGGAGGACCGAUUGCUUCAAUUGUCGGAUUUACGCUUUCCUGUACCGGAUAGUCGGUCGUUGUGGGAUGCAAAGUCUGAUAUGGAAUUGUCCCAAUUACUGCAGUUAGAGGCUGGUCGGGAGAGGCUUGCUGCGAGUGAUAUGGCGAAUUGGAUCUCCGUUUGUGGGAAGGCAUUGGAAUCGGGCAGCGAGCGGUGGUGGCUUUGAUUACCGGCUCUUCGAGAAUAUCGUAUAGGAGAGUAGGUUGACAUUUUGUUUUUUAUACACUUUCCUCGCUGAGCAAGAAAUAUUUAAUGCGAGCUUUGUACUCGUCCGGAAAAAGUUUCGUAUUUCGUAAAUCAGCGCAAAAAAUUAUUCAGUAAUAUCGGCAGCCUGGAUGAUCGAGGCAAAUGCAUCACCCAGUUCACAAAGCACAACAGAAACCAAAGUCUCCGCCUGAACACCGGGGAUGUGUCGGUCACCGAUAGCAUCCGACACAACCAAGACGUCAUAACCAAGCUCAUUUCCCGCACGCGCAGUAGUAGACACACAGACAUGCGCCAUAUAUCCUACAAGAACAAUCUUCUUCCCCACAUUUCCCAGCCCCUGGAGAUACUCAUGCAAAUCAGUCUGAGCGAACGAGCUCGGAUAAUGCUUGGUGACAGUCUUCUCUCCAGACUGAGGCUUCAACUCGUCAAAUUCAGCUGCGAGCGGCGUGCCGGGAGUGAACACCGGUGCACCCUCGGGUACUUCGUGGAC